AAAUGCAUGUUCAUUUCAAUUAAAAUCUCAAAUAUGCAUUAGAUUAUUAUUAGCUCACCUUGUUUGCCCUUUUUGUUAAUGCAUUUGAAACAAAAUUAGAUGAAGGAGGGAUGUCUUAUAUAUAUACAUAUAUAUGUAUAUAACGUCAAAUAUAGUAAAUGUUGAAUCACCUUUGACUUCUUUACUUCGUUAUAUUCAGAAUCUCUUUCGUGAAAAUUGUGGAUGUAGCUUUUAGGCCUAGAAUAUCAAUGUUGUUUAUCUUCUUUUCCAAAUAGAUAUUGUAAUUAUGUUAUGACAAAUAAACAGGUCGAUGUAAUUAAUAUACUAUGUAAUUUUCUUUACUACUAUUUUGAAGUAUUAUGCAAAUGGUUAUGUGUUGUUUAUAUAUUUGAGGAUUAAGUUCAUGUAUAUAGUUUUUUGAUAUUGCAGUUUAAAUCUCCUUUGUGUUGCUUGUGCUAAAGUGUUGACGAUCAAUGUCCGGGUUCAAUGAUCUUGUUCCUAAUGGAGAUUGGCUACCAACUAGCCCGAGCCCCAGCCCGAGCUCAAGAGCACUCAUCUCUUCACUGAGAGCUGAUGAUUUUGGAUGGCCAGCUCAUCUGGAGGAAGCUAAUGAAAGUACAUGCAAAAACCUCGUGGUCGAGCCUCAAGAGCAUGUCAACUGGAGCAACUCUGUUGGAAAUGAUGGGGCACAAACUGGUGCAAUGACUAAUCAAACAGUGAAUGUGAGUGCACCAUCAAAGCAGAACACGAGUUCUCGUGGAGGGCUCAUGGAAAGAAUGGCAGCUAGAACUGGAUUUAACGUCUCGAGGCUGAACACAGAUGGACUUAGACCUUCUUUUGUGUCACAGAAUCAAGAGAUUAAGUCUCCUUAUUUGAGUAUUGCUGCUGGUCUCAGUCCAUCAAUCCUCUUAUAUUCACCUGUUAUGCUCUAUAAUUCACUGGUAUGUACCUCACUCUAUAAUUCACUGGUAUGUACCUCACACUUCCUGUUUAAGAUCGAAUGUCUCUCUCUUUUAUUUGUUUGUUAGUAACCGAGAUAUAGCAUAAUGUUUUUACUCUUUGAUUUCGAUUAUCACCUGUAUUUUUGGUGCUUUCGUAAUCCCAUUAUUUUGUUGGUAAUACUGUUCUUUCCUCUGUAUGUUCUGUGUUGCUCUCAUUUCACGUUAUUUAGGUGUUGUUAUUGCUCUCAUUUCUAUAUUCUCUUAUUCAAAAUGCUCUAUAAUAUCCCUAGGUCUAUCAGAAAUAGUCUCUCUACCUCUACAAGGUAGGGGUAAGUUUUGUGUACACUCGGAGUAUGUUGUUGUUAAUAACUGAGAAAUCUCUGAAAUCCAGUGGUGCACGGUCUGAAACUAGGUUAAUAAUGAACUCGUCCCUCUAUUCUUCUUCACUUAAGUAUCCGGCUUUUUGUCUGCAGCACGGUUUGAAUUGAUGACGUGCGUCUAAUCCACACAUAGAUAAUGUGCUGGAUUUGUCUUGCUUAUUAUAGGCUAGUCUCUAGAUUAUGUUGUGAAACAGGAAUUUGUCUAAACUGUCAAAGAAGUUCGCUAA